AUGGUUCUCACCGAAUGUGUUCGACCGACAGCGCAACGCUUUCGCUAUGCGGUGACACCUUCACUCGGAGUUAUUUUCAUGGAAUCUGACGCGAUGCCUUUGUGGGUUUCUUUCUCGAGGACAUCGGAGCGUGGACUCCAGACACAGCUACAUACCGGUGUCGAGAAGAGCUUGCACUAUGCUGAACCACCAGGUGACGGACUAGCCCCCGUGAAACGAUAUGAACGUCUGGCCAGAGGUCCUGGUUUGUCCUAG